AUGGAUAACCUUCACAAAUCAACCAACUCGCGGCCGCCUGGCCUGAUCGAAGCCAGCUUCGGGGUGGAGAAAGGCCACGGAGAUGUAAUCAUCGAUGUGCACGUUGAUGCGGAUGCUGGCGCUCUGGGCUUUUUCCCCAAGCAUUGGCCGCCGGGACCGGUUGUGGUUGGCGCAGUCCUUCCCAAGAAGAUUGCAGAUGAGCACGGAGUGAAAGAAGGAGAUCUUCUCUGGCUGGUGGGAGGCUCCCAAGCCUCGCUCAUGUCCCCAGCGGAGCUGACGAAGUCCCUGGCCCAGCGGCCGCAGCAGUUGCGCUUCGUCCGCGGAGAUUCCUCGAAGGUGGCCAUGGAGAUUUCCAAGGCCAGUAAUCUACUGGCAUCCUCAUCGGGUGAGAAACCAGAAGGAGCUGCUCAUGAAGGUGGUCUGUUCCAGCAACUGAGUGACCUGCAAGUGCAGCAGUUGCAUCUGCAACAGUUGCAACACCGGAAGGAACAAGAGACGCAAUUGAAGUUGCCUGGAAAGGACAAAGACUGGCUGUCCCUCUUGGAACGCCAGAAGGAUGAAAAGUAUGCCAUGCAAUCGAUGCAACGCGAGCAUUUGAGUCAGUUGGGUGAAUGCCUGCAGCAUCACCAAGACCUCCUCGGCGCGUUGGAUCGCGACGAAGGCACCGGCUACGGCUCCGGCCCCGCGCUGCCGCCGCUGAUCCGCGCGGCGCCGGGCGCAGCCAUCCGGAAACCGCCCAAGCCGCCGGCCCUGGGCCGUAGGAGCCGGGAGGAAGCUAAAAAGAUGGAGGAGCAGCAGGAGGAGCCUGAUAAGAUUGAAGAGAAGAUGGAAGAACCCGAGCUUCAAGCGCAGGACGAGGAGGAAAAGGAGGAGAUCGAAGAUAUUGAAAAGCAGAGAGAGCAAGAAGAAGAGAAGUCCGAAGAGAUUCCAGAGCAGAAACCAGAAGGGAAGCAGGUUCCUGAAGAAUUUCAAGCUGACAAGCCAAAACUCUGCCAAGAGCUAUCAGUUGACCAGACAACCCAAACAGAGACAGUUCCUCCGCCACAAGACGAACAGCCAUUUGGUCCAUCUCCCGUUGCCACUGAAUUCUCAGGUUUGAAGCCUUUGAGUGCUCUGGAACCACAGAUGUCACAGUUUGAUUUGCCUAAGACCAGACAGCGCCAACUGCAAGUCCCCGCGCCACCGAACCAACCGCCACUCCCGGGUCUGGUGGAACCGUCUGGCCCUCAGCUGGCAGCACAGCGACGUUUGCGGGAGCUUCCGCCGCCUGACAGACCGCCCAGUGCGGAAAUGAUGGCAGACACCUUCAGGAGCAACACUGAUGGCAACUCACUGAUUGUCCCAUCCCAACAGAGUCGACAGACGGAAGCAUCACUGGAUAUCAAUGAGCUACAGAGUUGGCUCGCAAGAUCAUCACUUUCAGCCGAUGCCGUGAUCUUCUGAUUCUGGCCGUGAUCAUCACUCGCCCAGUGCAUCAGUCGCUUCUCAUCAGCUCGGUGAUGGGAGGUGAUCACGGGUGAGGACCAAGGGGCUUGGAGGUCACUUGACGAAGGUGAAAAGGAGGACCAAACAUCGGUGGCUCAAGGACAGACGAAAUGGUGGCCAAAA